GUUGUGAUUUAUAUUUUGUUUCUACAGUCCUCUCUCUGGGUGCAGAUGGCUCUCUACAUCACAAGAUCAUUGGAACUGGCCUGAACAAUGUCAUUACUGAAAAGAGCCACAUCUAUCAGAAUUGAUCAUCAUAUAAUCUUGCUGUUAUCGUGUACAAUGAUCUCCUGGUUCUGCUCACUUCACUUAGCAUCAAUUCAUACUCUCAUUGUACUUGACCAAAGGUCUAUGUUGCUGAAGACCAUGCUUCUGAAGUUUUCCUGCAGCUCAUCCUCCACAGACAUUGGGACUUACAGGACGUAAAGACCCAUCGUCCUUUACCAAGGAGGAAUGUUUGAAUUAGUCACGUGCAUAUGCCCUUCUUUAUCAUCUAGGGGCCUGGCUUGUCAUGUUAUAUCCUUCAAUCAAUCCUACUUGGAGUGGCUCCAAUUCUACCCUGCUGAAGAUUCAGUGCUUCUCACUCACUGAAAACAAGGGAGUUGAUGGGAUAUCAAGCCUUACCACUGCCUGGGGAGGAAUGUCAACAGUCCUCUUGUGGCUCCCUGCUCUAUCAUCUGGGUAGCUGCCCAACAAGGCUCCAAAUUCUACUCAAGCCUCUCGGCAUAGGGUCACAGAUCUAAAAGCAGAAGCGACCUGAGGGACCGUGGAGUUCCAACACUGUCACUUUGUUGCUGAAGGGGCUGGUGAGACUUGCUCAGAGCCCGCUGCAGUCUAAAGGAGCAGUUGGGAAUAAAAAUUCCUUGACCUGGCUUGCCGUUCAGGCCCAGGUGCCACAGCACCUGUAAAUUCCUUCAGCACGAUGGAAAUCCAACCUUAUCAAGGCAAAGACAAUCAGAGCGUGGGCUCCUAUACAACUUUAUACUCAGUUGGGACAGUGGAAACACCUGUUCUUCAAGAUAAGGAGAAUCAGCCUGUUGCCUCAUAUAUACCCAUAUAUUCUCUUGGCACAGUGCAAACACAUUCUUUGCAAGAACUUCAUCAAGCCCCCCUCGAAUCAAUAAGCCAGCCUGUUUCUGAAACCACAAUGAGUGAAUGCCAAGAUUAUACCACUCAAAACAGUGCAGAAGAAACAGGAGUGUCGCUGUAUGGUCUCGAACCAGUACAAUCUCUAGAAGACAGUAUCACACAACAAGAUGUUACCAGUACCUUCAUGCCCUUCUUCUCUACUGAACCAUUACAAAUAACCGAAGAUCCAGGCCCUGAGACCCUGUGUGCGGCAGACGAAGGGAGCAGCAGCAAUGCAGGGGAAGGAGGCCAAGGCCCAGAUGAUGGCUCCGAUGGCAGCUCGAAGAAGUGGGAACAGAAGCAAGAACAACUCAAGAGCCUGGAGGGAGAAUUUGCCAUCACAAUGUGGGCUCCAGAGGAGGAGAACAAGACGAUGUCCGAGACGGUGGUGGAAAGCCAGGAGCUCCCAGAAGAAAAUUUACCUCCAGAGGUGCCUGAGAACGGGAGCCCCAAGAAGCUGCCUCCAGGAGGCCUGACUCUGAUCAAUCUCUCUGAUCCCAAACAGCUGGCUGAAUUCAUCCAUCAAAAUAAGUCACCACAUGAAAUUGAGAAAAAGCUGCCUUGCCCUCAUGAAGAAUGUCCCAAGCUCUUCCGAGACAACUCUGCCCUGCGGAAACACCUGCAUACCCAUGGUCCCAAGGGGCACAUCUGCGCAGAAUGUGGAAAGGGGUUCGUGGAGAGUUCCAAACUAAAGAGACAUAAAUUAGUCCAUACUGGAGAAAAGCCCUUUCAGUGCAUGUACAAAGGUUGUGAGAAGCGCUUCUCACUGGACUUCAACUUACGCACGCACAUGCGGAUCCACACUGGAGAUCGCCCCUACGCGUGCCCCUUUGAUGGCUGCACCAAGAUGUUCGCCCAGUCAACCAACCUGAAAUCCCAUAUCCUGACCCAUGGGAAGCCAAAAUGCAGCAAGUAAAAAAGAAGAUGGAACAAGGUGCUUUUGUUCAUAGGAAAAAGAGUUUUUCUAAAUUGAAUUCCACCCACCGGGUUUUGAAGGUUGACCUUAUCUAAGAGAAAUCACAGUCUUUCCUUGUGAUUUCUCCUUUCCACUUCUCCUCCAAAUUUUCUCUCUCUACUGAGUGUCCCACUACUUUUGCAGUAAUUCAGGCUCACUAGUCCUUCUAUCUUACUACCUCCCUACUUCCCACCCCAUAUCUAAUCAGUUGUCUAGUUUGGUGGUCCUAUCCCUUCAGCCCCUUAGAUGGGUACCUUUCUCUCGCUCAUAAGGAUACCACCCUCGCUUAUGACUUGAUUCUCUCCACUGGACGCUGAAACUGUGUAUUAAUUGAGUUCCCUGCUUCAGGUCUCUUCUUCCUUUCAACCCAAACUAUCCGCUACACUUCUUUGGUCUCGACCUAUCACUUUCCUUUCCUGACCUCCCUCCCUAGUUUUAACUCUCCCAAAUCCUGAAGAUAUUAGCAUUUGCUGUUUGUUAGUUAUCUUGUCAUAACUUCUGUGUUUUCAUGUUAUUUCCCCCAUGGAUUGUGAACCCCUCGAGGACAGGGGUUUUUCUGAAAUUUGCCUCUGUAUGUAAAGACUUGUAGAUGACAAAUAUUUAAUAAAUGUUGGUUUACUUCAAUGAAUUGGAAAUUCAAAAA